GGUGGGCCGAGCGUGGGGCGGGCCCGGGGAGGAGGCGAAUCCCGGCCCGAGGGGCCCCUGCGCGGAGCAGCCGGGAAGGCGGCGAAGAUGGACAUCUUUGUUCCUUAUAUGGAAAUCAUCCUUAUGUAUUUAGAAAAAGCAAGGAGCUUUGUGAAUGGACAGUGUGUUGGGAUUGAACCCUGGCAACUGAUUGGCUCAACAUUUGCUUUUACUCUGGUGGUGGUGUGGCUGCAUGGUAUCCUCUUCCAACCAGAGAGUUUAACAUCACGAAGUAAAAAAUGGUUCUUUAAAACUCUAAGAAAACUGCCUUUUGUUGGCGCCAUAAUACAGAAGCAGUUUAACAAGGCCUUGGAUGAUGUAGCGUCUGGUUUGCACUUCCUGGAUGAUGGAAGGGGUUAUAUCAAAGCAUUGCCCGUGCAAGGCAUGAGCCAACCUGUACUACUAGAGAAGAUGAAGGAGUACAGCUCUAUGGGUAAAGUACAUUGGGAGGAUGGGAAAGUCUCUGGGACAGUAUACAGCGGGGAAGAGAAACUCACUCACCUGCUAGUGAAGGUUUAUGAGGAGUUUGCAUGGAGUAAUCCCCUUCAUCCAGAUGUAUUCCCAGGCCUGAGGAAGAUGGAAGCGGAGGUGGUGAGGAUGGCCUGCACGCUCUUCAAUGGGGGACCUAAUUCCUGUGGAGUAAUGACCUCUGGUGGGACUGAGAGCAUUUUGAUGGCCUGUAAAGCCUACAGGGAUCUAGCCUACGAGAGAGGAAUCAAGCACCCAGAAAUACUGGUUCCAUUGAGUGUUCAUGCAGCAUUCGAUAAAGCAGCUCAUUAUUUUGGACUGAAGAUUGUGCACAUACCGUUGACCAAGACCAUGCAAGUGGAUGUUCAGGCAAUGAGAAGGGCUAUUUCAAAGAACACUGCUAUGCUGGCCUGUUCAGCUCCCCAGUUUCCGCAUGGAGUUAUGGACCCAACUGAGGAGGUGGCAAAGCUGGCACUGAAGUAUAGAAUCCCCUUCCAUGUGGAUGCCUGUCUGGGUGGCUUCCUCAUUGCUUUCAUGGAGAAGGCAGGAUUUCCGCUACAGUGUCCAUUUGACUUCCGUGUGGAAGGCGUGACUAGCAUUUCUGCAGAUACCCACAAGUAUGGCUAUGCCCCAAAAGGCUCUUCAGUGAUAUUGUAUAGUGACAAGAAAUACAGGCACUAUCAAUUCUUUGUUGCACCUGACUGGCAAGGGGGCAUCUAUGCCUCCCCCACCAUUGCUGGCUCCAGGCCUGGUGGCAUCAUUGCAGCUUGCUGGGCAACCAUGAUGUACAUGGGAGAAGACGGUUAUGUUGAGGCUACUAAGAAGAUCAUUAGUACUGCACGGUUCAUUGAAUCAGGGUUGCGGAAAAUUGACAACAUCCAAAUCUUUGGGAAACCUGAGGUGUCUGUCAUCUCUAUUGGAUCAGAUGUUUUUGACAUCUAUCGGCUGUCAAAUUUGUUAAGCACUAGAGGAUGGAACUUAAAUGUCCUGCAGUUCCCGUCAAGCAUCCAUCUCUGCAUUACGCAGUUGCACACAAAACCUGGCAUUGCAGAACAAUUCUUGGAGGAUGUCAGAGACUGUGUCUUAGAGAUCAUGAAGGACCCUAAAGCCAAGACCACUGGCAUGGGUGCCAUCUAUGGAAUGGCGCAGUCCAUCCCAGACAGGAACAUGGUAUCAGAGAUUUCUCAUGCAUACUUGGACUGCCUCUAUAGCACAGACAUCCCUUCCAGUGACAAACACAUGAACGGUUCUCCUGGACACUCCUGAAUGUAGUAACUGGUACUUUGCUAGCUCUGAGGUGGUAUUCUGAAUUCCUGGAGGAAGGAGAUCAUACUAAGCUACUGUCUUAGAUCCUGCAAAUACAGGGGGCAGCUUUCUCUACUGAACUUUCCUCCCCUUUCUCUUUGUCUCAUCCCUCUACUUUCUGAAAUCAACUUUUGAGUGAUUUAAACUGUCUUUGUCACUUCUGAAUAGUUGGUUUAGGUUUAUUUUUUCUAUUGUAUCACCUUAGUUAGCUACCAAGACUAGUCCUGGAAGCUUGGGUGGAAUGGCAUUGUUAUGGCAAUUGAAUGUCCAUUCCACAACCCCCUAACUUCUCAGGUAUUCUGUCUUUGUUUGUUCCGUACCAUUUCUUUUCCUGGGAGAAAAGCUGUGGAUCUUUUUAUAGUGAAUGCCUCACUAGGAUUUGGGUUCUCUGUAAUUGUUUGAAACAUAGAGACACUGAGGCAACCUCCCCAGAAGUUGGAGGUAGAAAGUGAAUUGAACACAGGUAUUCAUUGACUCCUCCAACCAUACUGCUAACUACUGUAGGAAACCGUGUUUACCAAAUUGUGUCAUGGGGGAUUAUAUCUUGCUAACUCUGAACAUGAUCGUCUUUCCUUUUAUUGAUUCACCAAUCCUGUCUUUGAAUUCUCUACAUAUGGAGAUCCAGUUAGAUACAGUUGUCAAUUUAUAAAUAGUAAUUUCUUUGGAUGACUUUCUUAAUGUAAGCAACUCUUCCUGAGUCUUGUAUAAAUUGCAAUAGAAGUAGAAAAUUCAUUUUAAACCAAACGGGUAGGAUAGGGAAAAGAGUCUGAAGGUACUCCGCAAGAACCACCCUUUAUACAGUAUCAUUGCUCUCCUGCCUCUUGUUCUAGAACUUUUACAUUACCACCUAUGCUGUUGUAUCUUGCACAACUCUGGAGGAGAGCAAAAUUAUUAUUUUAUUGUAUGUAACUUGAAGGUUUUGCACUAUCCUAAAAUGCUGCAGUGAAAUCAGUUGAGCCUUGCGCUGUGUAAUGACUGGGGAUUUAUGUGCAAACAUAUGGCACCAAAGUUAACUUUUUUUACACCAUCGUUUAAUAUGAAGAGAUGACUUUUGUAAAAGAAAGUAGUGGUUUCUGUCUGCUCUUUGCACUGACUCUCUUUUAAGGCACAUUUUCAACGGGCAUUCACCAGUGUGCCUUGACACUGCUCCAGCUUUUCCUGAGACUUCAGGAAGAGUAUGAUGGAUCAGCUGCUGACCGUGAUGUUGCCAUGGUCAUCUCCUUAUGGUACUAUGUUGAAAAUAAUCCGUAGCAAAUUGGACUCAGGUACAGUACACUCCACCCUCAAUCUAAUAGUCUUAUUGAGCCAGGUGUUUUCAGUGUUAUAAAGGUGUUGAUAUAGUGCUGAGCGUGAGGUGUUAGGGUGGGAUCUAAUUAAUAUUGAAGGUAUGAAGGUCUUGGGUUCUAAGGAGAGGGUCUCUAUCAAGAAUUAGCCCCACCUUCCCUACUUUUUUGUAUUACUUUGUCCUUUAUGCAGACUGCAUUGAGUAGCCUUGUAAAAUGGUUGCAGCCCCCUGAACAAACUAGAAAAGCUUUUGAUGCUAAUUGUUGGUGUGGUUAGCCCUCUAGAGCCUUAUAAUUAGGGUGGAAUGCAUUUUCCAAUACUCAUUCUUUUGAGCCAUUUCUGCAUAUUCUACGCACUUCAAAUGUAAACAACUCUCAAAAGAGGUGGUUGCAUUAUGCAAUGCUUCCUGGA